AUGGGAAACAUAACAAAAAUUGCUAAAUUUAUACUUAUUCUGCUGUCAGAUAAUCCAGAAACACUAUAUAUUUUCUUUCCGAUUUUCCUACUAAUGUACCUGAACAGUCUUUUCGUAAACCUCUUAAUUAUAUUCUUGGUUAUUGCAGAUUCUCAGCUUCACACCCCUAUGUACUUCUUUCUUGGAAACCUGGCAUUUUUGGACAUGUCCUAUUCAUCUGUCACAGCACCGAAAAUGCUCUCAGACUUCAUCACCAUGAAUACAGCCAUAUCAUUUCCUGCUUGUAUAGCACAAAUAUUUUUCUUCAUUUAUUUUGCAAGUUCAGAAGUGCUUCUGCUGGCUGCUAUGUCCUAUGACAGAUAUGUUGCCAUCUGCCACCCUCUACACUACAUUGAGAUCAUGUCCUGGAAAGUAUGUGGCCAGUUCUCUUUUAUAGUGUGGGUUUUUGGCUUCUUUUACUCCUUGGUACAUACUGUUUGUUCACUAAGGCUGACAUUCUGCGAAUCCAACAUUAUCCACAAUUUCUUUUGUGACCUUCCCCAUUUGUUCCAGAUCUCUUGCAAUGAUCCCUUCAUCAACUUCCUAGUCACCCUUACUUUAGGUGGAGCCCUAGGCUUAGUGGCCUUUUCUUUAACUUUUUUUCCAUAUACUCGGAUUUUCGUAGCUAUCAUCAGAAUACGAACUAAUGAUGGAAAGCUUAAAGCUUUUUCCACCUGCACGUCUCACCUUUCCGUGGUAUUCAUUUUCUAUGCUUCCCUUAUUUUCAUAUAUCUUGUUCCCACCACAAGUUCUUUUUUAACAAUAAAUAAGCUUGUGUCUGUGAUUUAUGCUGUAAUCAACCCAUUGCUAAAUCCUCUGAUAUACAGUGUAAGAAACAAGGAUAUUAAAUCAGCACUGAGAAGACAAGUGCAUCUUGUAACAUUGUAA